GGGAUAUUUGUCCCUGAAAGUAGUUCACCUAUUUCCUUCACACCUGGACUUAAUUAUUCGCCGCUUUUGAUUGUCAGCUGGCCAAUUUGUCUGUAAAUGAUACACAUUUUAAGGUUAGUCCUUUAUUAUAUUUAAUUUGGAAAACUGGAAAAUUGGAGGUCGCCUCGCGCCAGGCACGCCGAUAAGACGUCUUCAUUAAAGACGACGCGCAGCCAGAGCCACCUGCCUCUCGCCGCGAGGGCUGAAGAUGGAGCAGAGUGGGACUCAAUUUCCCGACUGCCCCGUCUCGUUCCCCACCGUCUUUGAGCGUUUCCCCCUCGCCAACCUCAGCGCAGAGGUUGAAAGCGAAACUCCGCCGAAGGAAAACGAAACGAUCCCGACUGACAGUAUGAGCUCCACUGUGAAGUUCUACCUGUGCUACCUGCUGUGCUUGGCUCUGGGGCUGGCCUGCGUGGUGUGUGUGUGUGUUUGGAACAGCCGGUGGAGGGGCGGCUUUGCCUGGGACGGCUCUCCACACCAGUUCAACUGGCACCCGGUGCUGAUGGUGACUGGUCUGCUGGUUCUGUAUGGCUACGGAGCUGUGGUGUACCGCGUGCCGCUGACCUGGGGUCAGAAUAAACUCCCCUGGAAGCUGCUUCAUGCCACUCUGAUGUUGGGCUCCCUGAUCAUGUCCGUCUUGGGACUCUGUGCCGUCUUCGAGGUCCACAACGCCAAGAACACCCCCAACCUGUACUCGUUACACAGCUGGAUCGGAAUCACAACCGUGAUUCUUUUUGCACUUCAGUGGGGCGUGGGGUUCGCAGGCUUCCUCUUGCCCUGCUCUCCCGUGUUGCUCCGUAAACUCCUGAAACCCGUCCAUGUGUGGCUGGGCGGCAGCAUCCUGCUGCUCUCCACCGCCGCCUGCAUCUCAGGCAUCAACGAGAAACUCUUCUUCGUCCUAAAAGGCAACGUCACAUACUCCAGCCUUCCACCUGAGGGUGUGUUAGGAAACGCAUUAGGGGCUUUAGUCGUAGCCUUUGGCCUGGUCGUCCUCAAGAUUCUAGCCAACAUCCAAUGGCAGAGACCAGAUUCCAGACCUGGGGAAAUAGCUUACACGCCACUUCAAGAUGAAAAUGACUAAAAGUCGAGGAACUGGAACCAGUUCACUGCUAAAUCAGUGCAGUCAGAAAACAUAGUUGGUUCCCCGAUGAUGCUUAAAGUUUAAAAAUAAUCACCUUGUUAUCGAUGUAAAUAUAUAUUUAAGAUUGCUUUUUCACCCAAAUAAAACAAUUUCAUCUGA